GGAGCGGCGCAAAGCCCUGCCCGGGGAGCGGGGCAGAGCUCUGCCUGCCCGGGGCUCUGCCGGCUCUCCGCGCAUCCCCUGCAGGCAGAGUUUGCUCAACUAGUCGAACUGGCUCUUUCUGUCUCGUAUUUUCGGCAAACUAAGAAUUUCCUUCCUGAUAAAAACGAGCGGCGGGCGCCCCGAUUGGGCGUCGCGUUGCAGAGGAUGUGACAUCAGGCACAUCUCUCGCUCGGCUGGGUCGCUGGCAGCCGAGCAGGGCAGCCCGGGAGCUGUUUGGUUAAGUCGCAGCCCAGGUGCUCGGGUUCCUGCCCGGGUUGCUGCCGGCAGCACGGCCCGGCUGCCGUGAGGGCUGCUCGCCUCAUGCGGGCCCGGCCCGCGCCAGGGAUCGCUGCGGCCGCUGGGGGCUCACCGGGGACGAUGGAAUUUGAACUCUGGAGACCAACCACAAAGUGAAAAAACAGCGCUUGGGCAGACGGGGCUGAGAUGGAUGAUGAGAGAACAAACCAAAAUGCCAGCAAAGUGCAAGGAGCGGGGGGCCAGGCAUGUGCAGCGCCGCCGGGCACCGCGCUGGUGAGGGACUUUAUUUCAGACUGGUCUCCUUUACAUGAGGCCUCUAUCCAUGGGCGUCUGCUUUCUCUGAAGAAGCUCAUUGAACAGGGGAAUGAUGUCAAUCUUGUUACAGCAGACCAGGUGUCUCCUCUCCAUGAAGCCUGCCUGGGGGGUCAUGCUGCCUGUGCCAGUGUCCUGUUAAAACAUGGUGCUCAGGUGAAUGGAGUGACUGUUGACUGGCACACCCCACUGUUCAACACUUGUGUCAGUGGCAGUGUGGCUUGCUUGAAUUUACUGCUGGAGCAUGGAGCCAGCCUACAGCCACCCUGUGACCUGGCAUCCCCCAUCCAUGAAGCAGCAAAGAGAGGUCAUGUGCAAUGUGUCGAACUCCUUGCAUCCCGUGGGGUAAAUAUAGAUCACAACAUCAAGCACCUGGGUACUCCGCUUUAUGUAGCAUGUGAGAACCAGCAACUGAACUGUGCCAAGAAGCUGCUUGAGUCAGGAGCAAACGUGAACAGCGGCAAGGGCCUGGAGUCCCCUCUGCACACGGCUGCCAGGAAUUGCAGCGUGGAGCUGGUGAAGCUGCUGAUGGACUUUGGAGCAGACGUGUGGGUGAAGAAUGCUGAAAACAAGAGGCCAGUGGAGCUGGUCCCACCUGGCUGCCCUCUGGGCCAGCUGUUCCUGCAGAGAGAAGGGCCACUGUCCUUGAUGCAGCUGUGCCGCCUGUGCAUCAGGAGGUGCUUUGGACACAAGCAGCAUCAAAAAAUAACUGGACUUCUCCUCCCAGAUGAGCUGAAACAUUUCCUUCUCCACAUUUGAGCCUUUUCAUGUUCAGAAUGGUGCCUUUAAUAACACAGCAAGAAAUGGGUCCUGCUGCCACAAACUGAACUGCAGUUCAAACUGAACUGCUCCCUUGGGU